AUGGUGGAUGAUAAUCCAGACAGCAUUGAAGCUCAUGAGGUAGUUUUAGAUGUAGAUGGUGAUGCCUCAAAUAUCCCUAAGGAGACGGAUAUAAAAGACUCUGUGCCCCUUUUGAAGAAGUUGGUAGCAGAAGUCGUAGGAACAUACAUAAUGAUAUUUACGGGUUGCGCCGCAGUCAUUGUAAACCUAAACAAUGAUCAUGUAGUAACACUUCCUGGAAUCGCUUUCGCUUGGGGAUUUACCGUUAUGGUAUUGGUUUACUCUCUUGGUCAUAUUUCUGGUGCUCAUUUCAAUCCUGCUGUUACCAUAGCUCAUGCUUCAACUAAAAUAUUUCCCUUCAAACAGGUGCCAGCUUACAUUAUAGCUCAAGUCCUUGGAUCAACACUAGCUAGUGGGACUCUAAGACUUAUAUUUAAUGGCAAAGAAGAUCAUUUUAUUGGAACACUCGCAGCUGGUUCUAACCUGCAAGCUUUCGUAAUCGAGUUUAUAUGCACCUUCUUCCUUAUGUUCGUUAUUUCUGGAGUAGCCACCGAUAACAGAGCAGUAGGUGAAUUAGCCGGACUUGCAGUUGGAUCUACAAUAAUAAUAGAUAUAUUGUUUGCAGGACCACUCACGGGAGCAUCAAUGAAUCCAGCUAGAAGCUUAGGACCUGCAAUUGUGUACCAUGAAUAUACAGGACUGUGGAUAUAUUUGAUUUCACCUAUUCUAGGAGCUUUGAUAGGUACAUGGACUUACAAUUUCAUCAGGCACACCAACAGGCCAAUGUGUGAUGAGCACACCAAGAUUGAACUCACAAAGAUUGUCCCUUUUCUCAGACGGAGCAUAUCAUAA